AUGCAAGGCGGACACUACCCACCAGGAGGACCAGGAUAUCCUCCACAAGGUUAAUACCCACCACCAGGAUAAUACCCACCACAAGGAAUGGCACCUCCAGGAUAUAUGCCACCAGGUGGAAUGGCUCCCCCAGGUUACAUGCCUCCAGGCGGUAUGGCUCCUCCAGGUUACAUGCCACCCGGUGGAAUGGCACCUCCAGGUUAUUAUCCACCACCAGGUCACAUGCCUCCUCCAGGAUAUAUGCCUCCUCCAGGUUAUUACCCACCAGCAGGACAUAUGCCACCAGGCGGCCAUAUUCAAGUUCACGGAGGUGGUCAUCAUGUUGCUCCAAUCCACGGAGGUCAUCAUGGUGCUCCAAUCCAUGGUGGUCAUCACGGAGGACACAUGCCUCAUAAAAUUCACAAUCCUCACUGUCACAAGUGCCAUGGUUCAGGUUGGAACACUCAUAAAAACAAGGCAUGUGGAAAAUGCGUCUGCAAGAAAUGCGGAGGUUCAGGCUGGAACUCUCAUAAAAAUAAGGCAUGCACAAAGAUGAAGGUCAAACAUCACUGA